UAAAGUGUGGUAUAUAAGCAACAAAUUUAAGCUUUGCCACUUACUUUGUUGUCACAAAAGUAAAAGUAAUAAAAUAUCAAAAUGAAGAUCCUUUUUGUUGUCAUUCUAACCAUCUGCACAGUUGUUUUUGCUGAAGAUACAUGCGAUACACGAAUGAAAACAGUAGCAGAAACCAAAGACCUUGGUGCUGCUCUUGAUCAAUGCGUGCAAGACAGUGAUAACACCGAUAAUGCUGAUUUUAUGAACACUUAUGAAAAAAUGAAGGAUGUAGCAACUGAGAUUGAUAACAUAUGGGAGAACGACUGCGAUUCAACAAUGUGUUUCCGUGAAGACUUAGAGAAAAUCUACACGAAAUCUAAAGAAGUUAAAAGUUACCUUGAAGAGAUGCAGCAAAGUCUGUCUUCAUGUGAUGCAAACACAAAGAUCAUCCAUAAGAUUUCCAAGGCUGAGGAAUUGUGCGAGGCGCUUUUUGCUUGAAUUAUCAGCAUUAAAAUGUUAAUAAAUAAUAUUCAUUGAAUUUUGCUAUGCCGAAUGAAUAAAUCGAUUUAUUUGAAA